AUGGAGGCCAGAGACGGAAAGGAAUGCAUUUGGAGACAAAGGCAAGUCCUGAUAUUCUUUGUUUUUCUGUGCAUACCUCUGGCUGGUUCCGAGUCUAGGCGCUAUUCAGUGGCUGAGGAAUCUGAGAGUGGUUCCUUUGUACACAAUUUGUUAAAAGACCUGGGGCUAGAGGUAGAAGGACUAGCUGUACGGAAACCCCGGGUUAUUUCCAAGGGGGGGAAAAUGAGUUUACAGUUAGAUGGACGGACUGGAGAUUUAUUAUUAAAUGAGAAACUGGACCGGGAGAGGCUCUGUGGCCCCACCGAACCUUGUGUAUUACCUUUCCAGGUGUUAUUGGAAAAUCCCUUGCAGUUCUUUCAGGCUGAGCUACAGAUUAGGGACAUAAAUGAUCAUUCUCCAGUAUUCCUAGACAAAGAAAUAAUUUUGAAAAUUUCAGAAAGUAUCACUCCUGGAACGACUUUCCCAAUAGAACGUGCUCAGGACUUAGAUGUAGGAAGCAAUAGUCUCCAAAAUUACAAAAUCAGUCCCAAUGUCUACUUUCAUCUUAAAUUACAAGACAGUCUCGAAGGCAUAGUACCACAGCUGGUGCUGGACAAAACACUGGAUCGUGAAGAACAGCCUGAGAUCAGGUUAACCCUCACUGCUCUAGAUGGCGGGACCCCACCCAGAUCCGGCACGGCCCUGGUCCUCAUUGAAGUACUGGAUAUCAAUGACAACGCGCCUGAAUUCACAAAGCUUCUCUAUGAGGUGCAGGUUCCAGAGAAUAGCCCCGUUGGAUUCCAGGCUGCUACAGUCUCCGCUAGGGAUUUAGACAUUGGAACCUACGGACAAAUAUCGUAUGUAUUAUUCCAAGCCUCUGAAGAGAUUCGCAAAACUUUUCAAAUAAAUGAAAAAUCCGGAGAACUCCUUUUGAAACAGAAAACAGAUUAUGAAACAGUUCAGAGUUACACAGUAAAUAUUCAGGCCGUAGAUGGUGGGGGCCUUUCUGGAAAUUGUGUAGUGUUUAUCCAGGUGAUGGAUUUGAAUGACAAUCCUCCAGAAGUAAGCAUCUCCACGCUUACCACUCAGAUACCAGAAAACUUGCAGGAAACUGUCAUUGCUGUAUUCAGUGUUUCAGAUCCUGACUCGGGAGACAAUGGAAAGACGAUUUGCUCCAUCCCAGAUGAUCUUCCUUUCUUCCUGAAACCCUCCGUAGAGAAUUUUUAUACUCUUGUGACAAACAGAGCUUUGGAUCGAGAGACCAGAUCCGAGUACAACAUCACCAUCACUGUCACCGACUUGGGGACACCCAGGCUCAAAACCCAGCACACCAUAACAGUGCAGGUCUCCGACGUCAACGACAACGCCCCCACCUUCACCCAAUCCUCCUACACCCUCUUCGUCCCAGAAAACAACAGCCCCGCCCUGCUCAUAGGCACCAUCAGCGCCACAGACAGAGACUCAGGCUCCAAUGCCCAGGUCACCUACUCGCUGCUGCCGCCCCAACACCCGCACCCGCAGCCGCAGCCGGACCCCGCCUCGCUCGUGUCCAUCAACGCCGACACCGGGCAGCUGUUCGCGCUGCGGGCGCUGGACUUGUCGUCGCUCUUCCUGCUGUCGCUGCUGCUCUUCGUGGCGCUCAGGCUGUGCAGGAGGAGCGGGCCGGCCGCGCUGGGGGUGUGCUCGGCGGCGCCCGAGGGCCCCUUCCCUGCCCACCUGGUGGACGUCAGCGGCACGGGGACGCUGUCGCACUCCUACCAGUAUGAGGUGUGUCUGAGGGAAAGCUCAGAGACCAGCGAUUUUAAGUUCCUGAAACCAAUUAUCCCCAACCUCCCUGUGCGGAAUUCGGAGAGGGUUAGUGAUGAAAACCCGAGUUUUAGAAAUAGCUUCAAAUUUAGUUAA